UAUAACCAACAGGAGUUUCAUAGUUUACUUGAAGUGCAGUCCGUUCUGCAGCGCUGAACCUUCAGGAAAUAUUCUGACACCUUAUGAGUGAUGGAUGACAUGUAUGCCAAUGUUGAAAAUGACAAGUCUGUUGACCCAAGACCUUCAACAAAUCAGACAGGUCCCAGGAGCUCGGAGAGGAGAUUUCAUGGAGCUGUUGUUCUCUGUCUGGGGCUGCUGAGUGUUUUCCUGCUGGCUGGGCUCAUUGGCCUCGGUGUCCACUGUCCCAGGAGCUCAGAGAGGAGAUUUCAUGGAGCUGUUGUUCUCUGUCUGGGGCUGCUGAGUGUUUUCCUGCUGGCUGGGCUCAUCGGCCUCGGUUUCCACUACUAUGACACUGUACAACGCCUCCAGGCCAGCGAUUACAAGCUGUCUUCCCUGACUGAAGAGAGAGACUGGCUGAAUGCCAACCUCACUGCAAUGACUAAAGAGCUGAACAGGAAAAAAACAUGUCCAGCAGGAUGGAGGAAGUUCAGUUGUGCCUGUUAUCUUCUCUCCGCUGAGAAUGGUUCCUGGGAGAAAGGCAGAGAUGACUGCAGACAGAGAGGAGCAGAUCUGGUGGCGAUAGAAAGCUUCGGAGAGCAGAAGUUCCUCUCUAACUUCACCAAAAAAGAAACGCAUGCUUGGAUUGGUUUGACUGACGAAGCCGAGGAGGGAACCUGGAAAUGGAUUAAUGAAGCUCCGCUGUCUUUACAGUACUGGCGGGAAACACAGCCUGAUAAUGGUGGUGGACAUAGCCAUCUCGGGAAAGAGAACUGUGCCCAUAUCAUAAUAACUGGAGGGACGAAUUAUCAGAACUGGAAUGAUUUGCUUUGUAGUACCGGUCUGAGAUGGAUCUGUGAGAAGCAUCAUCAGUGAAUACUCAGUUUUAACGUUUUCGGAUUGUCGGCUACAGGAAGGAAAACAAAUCAAGAAUGUCCUUCACCUGCAAGUCAUUUUUGAUAAUAAGGAAAAUAAUUAAUAAUUAUAUCAUCAAUCCACCUACAGUAAUGAUGGGUUCUUCUUCAUGAAUCUUAUUGCUCGGAGUUCAUUGUCCCUGAUCCAUGCUCCUGUGUCUCCGCUCCUGCAUGAGAAUCGUCCUGCUCGGAGUUCAUUGUCCCUGAUCCAUGCUCCUCUGUCUUUGCUCCUGCAUGAGAAUCCUCCUGCUCGGAGUUCAUUGUCCCUGAUCCAUGCUCCUGUGUCUUUGCUCCUGCAUGACAAUCCUCCUGCUCGGAGUUCAUUGUCCCUGAUCCAUGCUCCUGUGUCUUUCCUCCUGCAUGACAAUCCUCCUGCUCGGAGUUCAUUGUCCCUGAUCCAUGCUCCUGUGUCUUUCCUCCUGCAUGACAAUCCUCCUGCUCGGAGUUCAUUGUCCCUGAUCCAUGCUCCUGUGUCUUUCCUCCUGCAUGAGAAUCCUCCUGCUCAGAGUUCAAUGUCCCUGAUCCAUGCUCCUGUGUCUCUGCUCUUGCAUGUGACUCCUCUUGUCUCUCAGGUUUUAUCCAGUAGAAAUCUGAGGCUGAAAUCUUUUGCCAGGCUUCCGCAACAUUGUUGACACUGUUGUUGCUCUCACCUGUAUUGGGCUGCUCAUGCGUCCGAAUAGCUUGAAGGUGAGACUCACAGAUUGCUUCAGCUCUUUUUUUUGCGAUUUCUUCUAGCUGAUCUUGCAAAUGCUCACUCACUUGCACUGCCAGGAGAUCUUCAUAAACCAAUUUGUAGUAAGGAGGACAACAAGCCUUGCUGUCACAAUCGGACCAAUUCUUCUUCUUUCUUCUACAACAGGCUAUUACGUUUUCAACAGUGCUCCAAAUGACAAUAAGAGAUGUGAUUAAAUACAAGCCAAUUUCCUGGAAAAAAGAAAAAAACAUCUAUUUAAUAGUUUGAGGAACACAAAGCACAACAUCAUUGUGGUUUCAGACAGUAAAGCUUAACAUAGUGUUCUGCAUUGUCAAAACAUAAUAUAUGAACAAAUGUAUUGUGAGUUUGAAAAAAUACAUUUGUAUAAAGAUAUAAAACAAUUCCAUUUCCCAAAUAGUUUUGGUUUAUUACCAUAUUUGAGUGCUGUGUGUUACUUACAAGUGAUUCAGAUUUAUAAACGGCUUUAACGAGGUUCUCGUCGUCACUCAGCUUUUUUUUGCAAGGAAUUCCAGUCUGAGAGGCGUUUUGGUUUGUCUUUAGGCAAAGGUACCAAUCUCCAUCAAACAUAACAGUGGCUAUCCAUACACCAGUCAGAGUGACAUAGCUGACCAACAACUUCGUAAUAUAGUUGCAGGUACUGUUGGAACAAAGUCUUUGCAAUUUGAAAAAAAUCUUCCUUCCAUGGAAAGAGUCAGCGAUGCUGGCAACCCAGGUGAGGAUCAUAGGAGGGAACAGCAUAUACACUACACCAUGUCGAUGUAUAUAUAGGACUGUGCUGCAUGAGCAUACAAAAUCCAUGUUAAAUAUGUACUGCAGGAUGUAGAACAGGACUAUCAGCAGCAGCGUACUCACAGUCUUAGUUAUUAUUUCAAAAAGUUUUUGAAGAAAAUCAUGACUUAAAGGCAUGCUGGCUGAAAUAGAAUGGGUUAGAUAUUCUGUUUUACAGA